AUGUUUCCAACUUUACAAGUGAAAAUUUAUGGAAUGGAUCCGACGGCAACUUAUUUACUCAUGGUUGAUUUUAUUCCAUUAGAUGACAAACGUUAUCGUUAUGCAUUUUAUAGUUCAAGCUGGGUAGUUGCGGGCAAAGCCGAUCCACACUGUCCAGGUCGCUUUCAUGUUCAUCCCGAUUCACCUCAGACAGGUUCGGCCUGGAUGAAAAAUGUUGUGUCAUUCGAUAAAUUAAAACUAACAAACAAUCUUCUCGACGAAAAUGGACAUAUUAUUUUGAAUUCCAUGCAUCGUUAUCAACCGCGAGUUCACUGCGUUUACUCUCCAUCGUCGAAAAAUGAUGAAUUACUCGUUCAACAAACUCAAGCAUUUCGAACGUUUACAUUUCCGGAAACGAAAUUUAUCGGUGUGACUGCCUAUCAAAACCAUCGAAUUACUCAAUUGAAGAUUGCUUCAAAUCCAUUUGCGAAAGGCUUUCGUGAUUGUGAUCCCGAAGAUUGUGUUGCCGAAGUUUUAAAUCAUUUGAAUUCGAACCAGCGAUUGCUUCGUUCACAUCCAAAAUCGAGCAACAACUCAUCUUCAUCCUCAUCCUCAUCAUCAACAUCAAUAAAUCCUCCACUACCAGCAAUUACAUCUCAACCAUCAUCGAACGUAUUCAAUACAGCUGCUGCAGCGAUCACCUCACGUUUCAUCUCCGAUCCUCAAGAUCCAACUGUUAACUUUAUUCCUCCUUCCGCCUAUUCAUUAGUCAAUCCCGACUUGGCGAGUUACGCUGCUGACGCAUUUGUCUACUCUCAAUUGUCUGACUUGAACUAUCGAUCGAUGAAUGAGCCAACUUCAUCAUCGAAUAAUCAUCAUCCGACACGAAUGAGUCCAUAUGCACGGCAAACGUUUUAUCCAAUGUACACUCAACGUGAUAUUCAUUCACCGUCUCGUACAACCGCUGAUUAUGCUUAG